UAAACAGUAGUGAAAACACUUUUGCUUUCUUAUUUUUUGGGUGGUAAAGUCUGUCAUCAUUCUGUUAAUCAGGAUCGACCGUUGGGUGAGACAGACUAACCGACAAAACUCGCCCUUUGGCGCGUAAGGAUAAGUACACACCUUCCAACCAAUAAAACGCCCAGUAGGCGAAACAAAAGCGCAAGUCGUGCCCUCCUAGCCGACCAGUAGUGCUUGGUGAAGUUUUCAGCACCACGAACCAGAGAACAGAGACAGUCACAGACGCGGGCGACAAUAGUAUAACCAUGGAGCCAUCCACUGCCCCCGGUGCUGAACCGGCUGAUUUCGAGUUGUACUCGGUGAUUCCAUCCAAUGUCACCUACCCGGACGACGAGAUGGGGUUCGAGCCCAACGGAGGAAACUACACCCAUCAGCUCCCGGUUCAGAGCGCCUCCAAUAUUAUAGUAGCCAUCUCCAUCACGGCGCUCUACUCCGUUAUCUGCGUUGUGGGAUUGCUCGGGAAUGUCCUUGUGAUGUACGGUGUGGUGAGAUACACCAAGAUGAAGACAUCCACCAACAUCUACAUCUUUAACCUGGCUCUAGCGGAUGCCCUAGCCACUAGCACACUGCCCUUCCAGAGCGCCAAGUACCUGAUGGGGACCUGGGCAUUCGGAGAGGUCCUCUGUAAGGUGGUCAUCGCCAUUGACUACUACAACAUGUUCACCAGCAUCUUCACCCUGACCAUGAUGUCUGUGGACCGCUACAUCGCUGUGUGCCACCCAGUGAGAGCCCUGGAGUUCAGGACGCCUGCCAAGGGUAAGAUCAUCAACGUUCUGAUCUGGGUUCUGUCCUCUGCCAUCGGAGUGCCCAUCAUGGUCAUGGCUGUGACCAAAACGACAGACAGUGGUCAGACUAUGUGCACGCUGAAGUUCCCCGACCCUGACUGGUACUGGGACACGGUCACUAAGAUCUGCGUGUUCAUCUUUGCCUUCAUCGUCCCUGUCAUGGUCAUCACCAUCUGCUAUGGUCUGAUGAUACUGCGUCUGCGCAGUGUCCGACUGCUCUCCGGUUCUAAGGAGAAGGAUCGCAACAUGCGCCGCAUCACCCGCAUGGUCCUCGUGAUCGUCGCAGCCUUCAUCAUCUGCUGGACACCCAUCCACAUCUUCAUCAUCAUCAAGACCCUGGUGGAGAUCAACUCUACGAACCCCUACGUGAAAGCCAGUUGGCACCUCUGCAUUGCGCUGGGCUACAUGAACAGUAGUCUCAACCCUGUUCUCUACGCUUUCCUGGACGAGAACUUCAAGAGGUGCUUCCGGGACUUCUGCCUGCCCUGCCGGACCCGCGUGGAAGGCAACUCCCUCAACAGGGGUCGGAACGCCAACCGGGAGCCCGUGUCCGUCUGCACUCCGACUGUAGCUGGGAAGGAAAGGAAGCCUGUAUGACUAGGCAUGGACCAGAUCCCUUGUGGUUCUGGUUCUCAACCCAGGAGGGCCCAGCAAGACAUGCAGUCUGAGGUCACCCAGAUCUCCACAACAGAGUUCUGACAGGAUAAGCAAUGAUUUAGUGAGACUCACAGAGUUGUCAGUAAAGAGGGGUCCAAACCACACCAUAGAGGUUUUUUUGGACCACAUAAUUGAUAUUCCUCCCAGUGAGAUUUAGGAAUGUUCUUUAUUGUUGCUCAGAAGAAGACAGAUUCAAUGUUUCACCAUAAAUCGUUUUCCGCUAUCCAGAGACAAUCUGUGACGGUGCCAGAGCUUUUGAGUAGCGCAUUUCUGGUUUGUGACAAAUGGAUGUCUGGCUGCAGAGAGAAUACACAGGAUGUUGUCAAGGACAGUGGUCCAAAGAAUGCCACAUGGUUUCAUCAAUUAGUCAUCCUUGUUUGUGACUGAUGACAAGCUGCACAAAUAUGGGACUGGGGAUGUUUUUAAAAUAUAGGCAACAGGGUAAGGGAAACCACCAAAUGAGUAGACACAGUGCAUUCUGCAACUAUUCAGACCCCUUUUCUACAUUUUGUUACGUUACUGCCUUAUUCCAAAAUGUAUUCAAUUACAGCCUCAAGUCUUCUUGGGUAUGACGCUACAAGCUUGGCACAUCUGCAUUUGGGGUGUUUCUCCCCUUCUUCUCUGCAGAUCCUCUCAUGCUCUGUUAGGUUGGAUGGGGAGCGUCACUGCGCAGUUAUUUUCAGGUCUCUCCAGAGAUGUUUGAUCGGGUUUAAGUCUGGACUCUGGCUGGGCCACUCAAGGACAUUCAGAGACUUGUCCCAAAACCAGUCCUGCGUUGUCUUGGCUCUGUGGUUAGGGUCGUUGUCCUGAUGGAAGGUGAAUCUUCACCGCAGUCAGGUUCUGAGCCCUCUUGAGCAGGUUUUCAUCAAGGAUAUCUCUAUACUUCGCUCUGUUGAUCUUUCCCUUGAUCCUGACUAGUCUCCCUAUCCCUGCUGCUGAAAAACAUCCCGACAGCAUGAUGCUGCCACCACCAUAUUUCACCGUAGGGAUGUUGCCAGGUUUCCUUGAGACGUGACGCUUGGCAUUCAGGCCAAAGAGUUCAGUUUUGGUUUCAUCAGACCAGAGAAUCUUGUUUCUCACGAUCUGAGAGUUCUUUAGGUGCUGUCAUGUGCCUUUUCCUGAGGAGUGGCUUCCGUCUGGCCACUCUACCAUAAAGGCCUGAUAAAGGCCUGAGUGCUGCAGAGAUGGUUGUCCUUCUGGAAGGUUCUCCCAUCUCCACUGAGGAUGUCUGGACCUCUGCCAGAGUGACCAUCGGGUUCUUGUUGACCUCCCUGACCAAGGCCCUUCUCCCCCAAUUGUCCAGUUCGGCCGGGCGGCCAGCCAGCUCUAAGAAAAGUCUUGAUUGUUCCAAGCAUAUUCCAUUUAAGAAUGAUGGAGGCCACUCUGUUCUUGGGACCUCCAAUGCUGCAAACAUUUUUUGGUGCCCUUCCCCAGAUCUUUGCCUCAACACAAUCCUGUCUCGGAGCUCUACGGACAAUUCCUUUGACCCAUGGCUUGGACUCUCUGACAUGCACUGUCAACCUUAUACAGACAGGUGUGUUCCUUUCCAAAUCAUGUCCAAUCAACUGAAUUUACCACAAGUGGAAAGUGGAAAGUUGUAAAAACAUCUCAAUGAUGAUCAAUGGAAAGGGUCUGAGUACAAAAGGUCUGAAUACUUAUGUAAAUAACGUUUUUCAGUUUUUUUAUUUGAAUACAUUUGCAAAAACAAAGAAAAACUGUUUUCGCUUUGUCAUUAUGGGGUAUUGUGUGUAGAUUGAUGAGGACCCCAAUUUUUUUUUUACACAUUUUAGAAAAAGAGUUUAACAAAAUGUGGAAAAGUCAAGGGGUCUGAAUACUUUCCGAAUGCAUUGCCUUGGUUGAUCUUCUUUCUAUUCCCUGGGAAGCAAGCACCUGUAAACUUACAUUGAUGAGGAACUUUAAAGAAUGCUGAGGCAUAUUCUAAGCAUCACACUUAACUCUACUUCCAUGGAGUCAAAUUAAGAUCUCAUGGGAAAAACAAAACAUUAUUUUCCAAUUUCUCAUCUACUUCAAAACAAAAGGAAAAACUGUGACAUUUCACAUGUAGAAGAAGAAACUACAGAUUAUUUUUGACAGGUUGGAUGAUGGAUGAAAGCAUUCUUUAGUGCAAAGCACUAGGGCACGAGACACAGAAUCAACAUGGGACAAUGGGGCUGAUAGCUAUGUGAUUCUGUAGCCAACAUAAUUUUUUAUACUAUAUACUGUAAAUAAAAACAUUGCGUAGAGAAUUCCCUACUGACUGACAAUACGCUCCGACACCGCAGUUGUUGUCAAAGUGAGAUAAUAUUACAACACUCCUGAUAUGAUUUGAAUAUUUUAUAUUUUAUGACAUUCGCAACAUGGAACAUUUCUACAUUAAAAUCUACCACAGAGCUCUGUACCUGCUUGUGCCCUAUAGCUGAGAAUCCAGGAUUGUUCAAUCUACUGUACCAUAGCAUUUCCUUUCCAACGACACCUUGGCUGUCGGCUCCAAUCCUACUUUCACGGGUAGGUUUUAUCGGUUGGAGCAGAGAGGAGCAGAGAGGUGGAAGGGACCACUGAGAGGAAUAACUAAAUAGUUAUAGACCACUGAUUGAGGUUGGAGGAGCAGACGGAAGACGCUGGGGCUGCAUAGUCCAAUCAUGAUCUACACUCUUUGUGAAUGCAUUACUACUCUGAUGAAUGUGAAAAUUGAACAACAACUGCAGAACACUCACUGUGUACAGCACAACAACUUUAAACUGGAAGAGUAUGGCGGCUUGUGAAACCGAAACCACAAACCUCUUGAGAAUCACUGAGCAUUUAUAUAGCUGAACCAAGUGAGAUUUGAAUAGGACUCACUAUCUGUGUUACUGUGUAGUUGGAGAAAAACAUUGUGUCAUCUGUCAAAUAAAAUCUAUGGCAGAUUAAACUAUGCUUAAAUAAGGAUGCAUUGAAAAGGCAUCCUAUUCUCUAUAUAGUGCACUACUUAUGAACACACAGUAGGUCCAUUCUGCUCUGGUCAAAAGUACACUCUUAGGAAAAAAAGGUGAUAUCUAAAACCUACGAAGGGUUCUUUGGCUGUCCCCAAUGUAGAACCUUUUAAAUAACCAUUUUCGGUACCACGUCGAACCCUUUCCAUAGAGGGUUCUACAUAUGGAACCCAAAAGGGUUCUACAUUUUUGGGACAGCCAAAGAACACUUUUGGAACCUUUUUUUUAUAAGAAUGUAGUGCAAUAUAGGGAAUAGGGAGCAAUUUGGCACGCAGACUCUAUGAAACUGUGCAGUUGGAGAGAAACAUUGUGUCAUCUGUCUAAAUAAAUCUAUGGCAGAUUAGAGAGACUUAACUAUGGCAUUAAGUCAUGAUAAGAUUCCUAAAAUAGAUGAUCGUAGCACUCAAUUAUACUUUGAGGGCAUCAAUCAAUGAUAGCCAUUAAAUUGAAAAUCACCCUUCGUAUUUCAUAGGCUAUAAUUUGAGUUUAUUAUAUGGUAUACAUUCUCCCGGUAAUCAAUGCUGAUGAAAUAUCCAACCUGUAAAUCCUGCCAUAGAUUGCACCCCACAUGGCACCCUAUUCCCUAUAUAGUGCACUACACUAUGCAGGGAUUAGGGUACCACUUCAGACGCAGUUAUAGUUUUGAAUGACCUUGGACAUGAUGCUAUGUCACAAACCACUGCGACAAACUCCAAAAUGACGACGGAAGUUUUGUGAUUCAUUUAGCCAAAUGAUACUAGCUAGCACAGACUAAGAAAUCAAAUAUAAUAUAAUUACUGAUUAUGUCGACUUCAUUCUUACAGGUGUAGGAUCUUAAUUGCUGCUGUGAAUUUUUCUGCACAGUAGGAAAUGGAAACUUGUACAGUAUUUGAGUUUUGAAAAAGGCUUCCCGAAGUUUGUAAUUUCCUAUUUGAAAUUUCAAACUUAAUCUCCUACAAGAAUUACCAUGAAUUAUAAGCCACAUAAUCAUUUCUCUUUCCUAUUGCUGCAUGAUUAUUUUCCUGUUGUAGCCAACUGGCUCAAAUUAAGAUCCUCCAUCUGUAGAUUACAUGUAACUACUAUGGUUAGAUAUUUCUAAUGAUGUGUAUCUGUAUGUCUGUGGACAUACUGAAGUCAGAAGGAUUCAACAGCUGCCAAAACAAAAGUCAGUUCAAAACUAAAAUCACUUAACAUGACUUUGUAGUAUACAAAACAUUAAGAACGCCUGCUCUUUCCAUGACAUAGACUGCCCAGGUGAAUGCUAUGAUCCCUUAUUGUUGUCACUUGUUAAAUCCACCUCAAUCAGUGUAAAUGAAGGGGAGGAGACAGGUUAAAGUAGGAUUUUAAGCCUUGAGACAAUUGAGACAUGGAUUGUGUAUGUGUGCCGUUCAGAAAGUGAAUGGGGAAGACAAAAUAUUUAAGUGCCUUUGAACGAGGUAUGGUAGGUGCCAGGCGCACCGGUUUGAGUAUGUCAAGUACUGCAACGCUGCUGAGUUUUUCACGCUCAACAGUUUCCCGUGUGCAUCAAGAAUGUUCCAUCACUCAAAGGACAUCCAGCCAACGUGACAACUGUGGGAAGCAUUGGAGUCAAAAUGUGCCAGUAUCCCAGUGGAACGCUUUUGACACUUUGUAGAAACAAAUUGAGGCUGUUCUGAGGUCAAAGUUCACUAACUUUUUCAGUUAUAGCUGAAACAACUGGUGUAUGUGAUUCUGUAUGCUUUCUUUAUGAUAACUUUAUGAUAUUUUCAUAGUGAUAAUUGAUCACAUAGUCUACUGCUGAGGGUAGCCCUAAAUGCUAAAAAAAAAUAAGAAAGGAACUGAUUCAGUCCGACUUAAAUUGUAAAAAUGUAAUUAUAGACUGAGAAUAUUUUAUACCUAGUCUUAUUUGCAGUAUAUUUCAUGGCAGUGAGUAAAAAUGCUUCAGCACUAAGAACACAGACUACUGAAUUAUUUACAGCUGAAUCCAUUUCUGGUUUAUGUUCUCGUCGCUUUUGUCGGUAUUCCUGAGACCCACCUUAUAUGUGAUUUCUAAAAUCAUGUAUUUACGUGGUAGCAACAAAGGAAGAUAGUGUAUUAAAAUGUGAACAGCCUACACAUCAUUAUGUAUUACAGAUAUGAUAUUGACAUGUUGACAUGCAUUAGCUUUGCAAACAAGCACAAAUCUACCGGGUAGAGAUAUUUAAGUACUUUCCUACCCUGUAACAAUGUUCACACCUUCCAUAAAUGAACUGUACAUGGCAAUAUAAUGGCCAUCUAAGUAUGGUUUUAACACCCUUUAAUACACAGUGGGACCAUAAAGGUAACAGUACAUCACACUGAAAAAAAAGCGUGCUAAUGUCACAAAUUAGAAAAUGGCCACUACAACAGGAACGGUUGCUAAUAGCCUACUAUAGCCUUCUUGCCUCUGCUAUAGAAUAAUGGAUGUUAUUUUGAUUAAGGCUAACUCCUGCAUCAUUUUUCUCGAAACCCGCUGUCAAUAGCUGCAGCAUUGUACCUUUCCGUACUCUCUUUAUGUGAAUCACUCUUUGUGUUGAAUCUCCUAUCUUCUUUGUUCACAAUCUGUCGUUCCUGUUGUUAUACUUAUAUUUUGGUUUUCACACUUUAUAUAAGUUCAUCUACAGAUGUUCAACAAACUAUCUGUAGGCAAUCAGCAGCAUUUCAACAGCUUGUCUUUAGCCUACAGAUUGACUAUCUCAUCCAAACAAAGUGUUUCCUAUAUUCUUUCUAUCACUUCUUCUGCCGUGCUUUGGAUAUUGCAGUUAGCUCAUUUUUUCAUGAAUUAAUAUAAAUCGAUAUGGAACUCCUUUAAAAACUAUAAAAUAUUGGAACAUUUCUGUAACAUUAAUAAAAAAAAGAUGUAUGUUUGAUUGUAUUCAAUGUAUUGCCAGAGACUGUAAGGUAUUUGUGUUAUUCAUACUUGAGUCCAUCAUGGUUAACCUUGCAGUGGUCAUGCAGUAAUCCUUAUAGUUUAUAGUUUAAGAUAGAUGAGCAUCUAUUGUAAAAAUGCAUUGAUGAACGAACAGCAAGCCAAGGUGUUUUACAAGAAGCCUGUCUCGGAUUAUUGAUUAAAACAACACAAAUCAAUAAAAAUGAACAUGGU